AUGAUCAUCGGCCGCACCUCGUUCAAGAGAUACGCCCAAACGGAGCUUACCAACGCCAGCUUGUCCGCUACACAGCUCAAUCUGGAGAUCACACCGGCGUUCUAUCGCACCCACACCUGCCACUUCUCUGCCAUCGAGGUUGACUGCGCGAUUCCCACCCUUGACUCCUAUUAUUCUGCCACUGUGCUUCGAUAUGGCAGUCAUCAGAAGCUGCAAAAUCACGGCAGGCAACGAUUCGAUCUUCGACUACCACAUUUGCGAGCUCGAAUGGCGGUCAAGGAUMUCACUCUGCGCCUCUUACCGCCCGGCGCAGAGCGCGAGAUCGAUCCUCGUUGGAGGUGGUCGGACGUCAUCUACGACCACAAAAGCGAUUUCCUCUGGCCCCUGCGAAACCUGUCCAAUAUUGGCUUCGCGAACCUCACAUCCUUGACGAUCAUCUUGGUAUUGAAGCUGUAUCGCAAUAAUGAUGAUCAACUCUGCGACCUCGGCAUCAAGUUGGAAGUGGAAGACGUGAUUCGGCGAAUGGGGCUUUAUGUUGAACCAACUCUCGCAUACGAAUACCAGAUGGCGGACAUUUGGGAUAUGCCUCCCAGCCCACAGGUUCUUCCAGUGAUCAUGAGAAACGAGCGGGGAUCACGUGGGUCUGGCCUUGAUGAGAAGGAGACUACAGGCGAGCAUGGGUGCCCACUCAAAGAUUGA